AGAGUCGAUACAACCAUGGCCUUGACACUUCCGUUGGAGCUGCAACAGCAGAUUUUUUCGUACCUGGAUCCGUGGUCCUUCUAUGCAUGCCGGAAUGUGUGUCGGUAUUGGAAGCAUGCCUCCAGAGAUGCUGUGACGCUUGCCAAUCAACUAGGACAACUGCCCAUCGAGCCGACAACAUGGGUCAAGAAGGUCGACUCGAAACGAAGAGAGUCUGUAUACGAUGAGGCGGCGAGAGCGUUGAUGCUGGGCAUGCGCGUCAAGGCUUCAGCUUCACCCGACGACAGCCUGUCAAGACGACUCGACAAGACCAAGCUUGCUCUCUCAAAAGAUGGCAAGCGUGCAGUCUCGCUACACGAUCGCACCAUCACCCACUACGACACAACCUCCGCCGAACCCAGCAUCAUCUCUACACGCCCCAUCAACGACCUCCGUACAGCAAUCGGUGGAGGUCCUUGGUUUAAAUGCUCCCCGACGUCCAUGUACGAGCUGGCUCUUUCUUCCGACGGGCGCAUGCUGGCUGUUGCCCUGGAACGCACCAUCCAAAUCUACGACAUGAAUUCGGCUGCCGACUCGUGGCCUGUGGCCUCUUACAUCACCUCGGCCACUGGUCACUACAUCGCCGCUCUCGACUUCGAACACCACGACAGUUUGCUACGAGUGCAGCUGAGCAACAAAGGUGUUGUUGUAUAUCUUGGCUCGCCGAGAGAUGGCAGACCCGAUCUAGAGCACUGGCAAGACAAGGGUGGCUUGAAGCACGCCUUCCUCGAUGCUAGCAAGCUUUCCCUGCCACCGUCCGAACCUUUUGACGGUAGCCCGGCUGUAUCGCAGCGUUUAGCUGGUCUUCAGCUCCUGCGUCCGUUCGCCAAUGGCUGGCUAGUCGCUGCUCAGAAGCAUGCGACAAACGUCCAGUCUGGCUCAUACUGUCUGGCUUACGUUCCCUUCAGUCAAAUUCAUGGCCACGUCCUCACCGCCGAACGCUCUGUCACCAUCCUCGAAAAUCUUCCCGUACACUUAUCCGAGAACAUUCAGCACUUAUGGCAUGAUCUGCCUUCGGCUCACAUUAACCAUCCCCAUUUCGCCCUCUCGCCCAACAACUCUCUUUUGGCCAUGUCCGAGAACGUCGCAUCCUCUACUCCUACAUCUCCUUCAUUGAACCGCAUUUUCCUCUACCGCUUGCCAUCAACUGAGAAGCUGAUGGACACCCUCGGGCCACAACACCCUCUUUUGCAAAAGCUUGAGGCUGAGCAGGAGUUCAAAUACCAGAUCAAGCGUCUUCCUACCAGCCUUGGCUCAAUUUCUGGCAAAGUCCUCGACUUCACCUUUGAGUCUGUCGAAAGCGGUGCCAGCUCUCCACUCGCUGUCACCGCUGUCACUGAUACUGGCGCAAUGACCUGGACGUUGCUGGACAACUGA